GAUAACAUGAGAGCUAGACGACAGUAAAUAUGUAUCAGAUGGUCCCCCCUCCUCAAGACGCUGAUCAUAAAGGCAAUGACAUCGCAGAUCCAGAAACUGUUAACUCUUGUGAAAAGGCACCGAAAAAUGUACCAUCUAAAUUAUGGGAAAGAUUUAAGGUUUUGGAGAAGAAGACUGAUGAUAUGACAAGAAGAUCAACAGAAAAAAGAACCAAAUACAUGCAGAAAUCUUUAAUGAAAAAGGUGCAGGAAGAGAUAACUCUACCGGAAGACCGAGACAUCCUCAGACAGCACGAUGUCAAGUUCGGACCGCCUGUAAAUAAUGACACUGACCAAGUUAACAGGAAACGGAAGUCUAAUACGUCCAUCGAUCCCAGCACACAGGAAGGUCCGAGUUCAGCAAGUGGCAGUUCCUGGGAGAACAUCAAGCCAUACUUGACUGCAGAGGAUCAUCUUGAGAGGCCAGACAAAGAUUUCUACAAACCAAAGUCAGGAUUAGAGGGUCAGAUUACCUCCGCUAUCAAACAGGGUGAAUUCUCAAAGGCUGAGGAACUGAGUGAUCAGCUGUCAACACGAGAGUUGGGAUCAAAAGUAUCUAAGGCUUUCGACGCUCACAGAUUCGUUGAAAAAAGAAAGGAACAAGAAGACUUCAAAAAGUCAAAAAAGAAGAAAAGUCUUCAUUGGGGGUUUCAGGAGAAACAAAGAUGGGAAACGAAAGGCAACAUGUGAUGACGCAACGAGGCGUCAUAACCUACUCCUACAAACACGCUAGGUCCUAAAAGCACCACGUGUUUACCGUGCCAUUCGACUUGUGUGUCCCCUGUAUGAGACAUAAGGGAGACAAAAACACAUUUGAGAUUCUCCUGUUGAGCAGUGAACUCGUACUUUUCCUUCCACAUGGAAGAUCCGACUACCGGACCAAUAGACAUUUCUCAUUUUGAGGCAGACCUAGCACGGAGUCAGAGACGGACACUGAGAGUAGUAAAUUCAGGGAACAUCUCAAAAUCGUUCUUCGGCUCCACCCUUUCGCAAUUAACCAGCAGAAUUCAAUGAAAGUUUC